AUGAGCGAAAAAAAUAUUUCUUGUAUGAAGAAAAUCAACGAAGCAAUCCGCUUGAAUCAAUUCGACGAUUUGUCGAAUUUGGAAGAGGUUUGGGUUUUCGGCUACGGGUCGUUGAUUUGGCGUCCCGUCUUUCGCUACUCGGAGAAAAUCGUUGGAAAAAUCCGUGGGUUUCACCGACGGUUUUACCAAUCGGACAUGACGUACAGGGGCACGCCAGAAUUUCCAGCUCGAGUUGCGACGCUUCUGAAAGACCCCACUGCAGAAGCAGAGACAUAUGGCUGCGCGUUCAAAUUGUCCGGAAAGAAUGAAAUUUCUGCGGGGAUUAAAUAUCUCCAUACGCGAGAGGUGGAAAAAGCAGGCUACAGCGUGACCGUGGAGGAGUUCCACAGCUGCGAGUCGCCGCCGAUUCCAGCGUUGGUCUACACCGCUACGACGGAAAACUACUACUUUACUGGAAAACAGUCCAUGGAGGAAUUAUCUGACAUUAUUGCGAAUGCUAGCGGAUUGGCUGGGCCGAAUACAGAAUAUCUCUUUCGACUGGCUGAAUGGCAGCGGGAGUUUUUACCGCUAGUUGAGGAUGAUCAUCUUUACGAACUGACGCGAAUGACGAAAGAGAAAAUAUCGAAAAUCGAAAGCGAAAACUAA